AUGCAAGAGGGAAUGCCGGAGGUCCCCAUUGUACCACUGAAGGGGCCGCACAGUCGACGAUCUCAAGCCCACAGAAUGUCUCAGGUGGCGCCGGCGGAGGGCGAGGGGCCUGUGCUGCUGUCGGCUGCGAGCAGUCCGCAGCCUUCGGGGUCUCAGCUGCAGCGAAGUGGAAUUUCAAAUGCCAGCCGGGUGGGAACGACCUCCGCAGCAGCAGCAGCAGCAGAGGCUGCAGCAGCAACGGCGCCAGCUGCAGCAGCGUCUGCAGCAGCAGCAGCGGCAGCGGACGCCGCCGCCGCAGCAGCAGCUGCUGCUGCGGAGGCCGCAGCAGCAGCAGCAGCAGGAGCGCCGCUGGGCGGAGCGGGCGAGGAGGCCGCAGCGCCGCCCGCAGACCCUGCUGCUGCAGAAGCAGCAGCAGCAGCAGCAACAGCAGAAGAGGGGGCCCCCUUCGACGAAGCUGCGCUGCACACGCUGCCCUCCGGAGAAGUGGGAAGAAGGGCCCCCGUAAACCCUCUUCAUUCUCCCUUUUUUGCAAAGCUUGGAAUUAAUAAAAACAGAAAAAGAAAAAGAAAAGUUAAAGAUCCAAAACUUUUAAAUAAUCCUCUGCGAGGCAGACUCGUCGUCUGCAUCAGCACCACCGCCCUCCUCCUCUGGCUCUUCUUCUGGGAGCUGCUGUACAACUACACGAGUUUCAACGGGCGCUGCGUCAGCUCCGUGCAGUACCCCCUCUAUACCCUCUCCGAAGAGUCGCAGAGGGCCCCCAUGGUGAUCAGGUACGGGUACGGGGCCUGCGAGUACAACUUGGGGCCCCUGGGGGCCCCCCGGGGGCCCCUGGGGGCCCCCGCGAGCGACAAGGGGUGGCCCGUGGAGCUCGUGAAGAACGGAGCAGCAGGAGCUUCUGCUGCUGCUUGGGACUCCCCGAACAGCCGCAUUUUGACGGCUUUUGGCGGACUUGAAACGAAUUACAUUCGCAAUUACGGAGAAGUUUUUCGAGUUUUCUCCGCCAUGUACCUCCACGGCGGCUUCCUCCACAUCGCCAUCAACCUCCUCUGCCAAAUCCAGAGCCUCUGGAUGCUCGAGCCCGACUGGGGUUUUUGGCGGACAGCGUUGCUGUUUUUCGUGGGAGGCAUUAGCGGGAAUUUGCUGUCAGCAGUUGCGGACCCCUGCAACAUAACUGUGGGGUCUUCGGGGGCCAUGUACAGCCUCAUGGGGGCUUUGAUUCCUUACUGCGUUGAAUACUGGAAGACAAUUCCUCGGCCGUGCUGCAUUUUGAUGUUCUUCAUAGUUGUGUUGCUGAUCGGGAUCGUGACGGGGCUCUCGGGCUUCACCGACAACUACGCGCACAUCGGCGGAGGCCUCGGGGGCUGCCUCUUCGGCUUCGCCACCAUCACAACAGUGGCUGCUUGCGACAAGUGCACUUUGGGGGAGCGUUUGGCGGCCACCAAGCCCUUCAGCUUUUGCCUGCCGAAGAAGACGCAGGAGCAGCUGCUCCAGCGCGCCCAGGCCAGGAAGGCGGAGGCGGUGAAGCGGCGAAAGAUGGAAAUCGCCUCCAAGAAAAAAGCCUCGGGCGCUCGAGGGAAAGCAAUUAGAGCUGUGAAGCUUCGCGUGGAGGAGGAAGGCAGGCCUCCCUGCAAAAUGGCCGCGAGAGAGUGGAUCGUCCGCAUUUCCUGUUUCGCCGCGCUGACGGCUUAUUGGGUUUCUCUUUUUGUUGUGCUGCUGGAGGAAAACAGCUACAGGAACUACGAGCCUCCGGGGCAGCUGAAGUUUGAAGGCUGGCUUUAUUGCAAAUGUGGAUAUAUAAAAUAUGUUGCAAGACAAACAACUUGGAACUUGAACAUGUUUUGGUGUUUUGGAAACGAAACCGACGCCAACUUCUACCUCAAGGCCUAG